AGGAGGAGGAGGAGAGUACUUGCCCAAAGUCAGAAGCCACCGUGCCUAUUGCGUUUUAGUUUCAUUGCCGGACUGGUGUCUCUUCCAUUGGGGGGACCUUUCUCAUCAUGAGUGGAUCCUUUGACAAGAAGAUCACUAGCAUCUUGACAGACAUCUCCAGCUCUCUGAGUUGCCAUGUGGCCACGAAAGACUCCCCCACGCUCCCUGAGUCGUCCAUCACGGACCUUGGUUACUACAGCACCCCGCAUAACCAGCACGAGUAUUACCCCAGUCAACCUUAUACCCAACCUAUGAAUCAUUAUGCGUACCAUCCCCAGUUUAACCUGAACGGAUUAGGGGGGACUGGGACCUACUCCCCAAAAUCUGAUUACCCCUACAGCACUUCUUACAGACAGUACGGAUCUUUCCGGGACCAGCAGCUGACCAGCCAAGAAACAGUUUCAGUGAAGGAAGAACCAGAACCAGAAGUGCGAAUGGUCAACGGGAAACCCAAGAAAAUCCGAAAGCCACGCACGAUUUAUUCUAGCUACCAGCUGGCCGCUCUGCAAAGGAGAUUCCAGAAGGCGCAGUACCUGGCACUACCAGAGAGGGCAGAGUUGGCUGCACAGCUCGGACUCACCCAAACUCAGGUAAAAAUCUGGUUCCAGAACCGAAGGUCCAAGUUCAAGAAGCUCUACAAAAACGGCGAGGUCCCCCUGGAACACAGCCCCAACAACAGUGACUCCAUGGCCUGCAAUUCUCCGCCGUCGCCCACCAUUUGGGACAGUAACGCCCACAACAACCCAGCCACCCGGAGCCAGCUCCCCCAGCCGCUUUCCUACAACUCCCCGCCGAGCUACCUGGAGGACCAUAACUCUUGGUACCACCAUCAGAACCUGAGCGGGCCUCACAUACAGCAGCAAGGACCUCCGCCCACUCCCGGUUCUAUGCAUCACCCGUCUCCGGGGCCACCUCCCAAUCCCGGAGCGGUGUAUUAACCUUCUUUGCCUCCUGGAGGAAACCAGUGGAGCAGGAAAAAAAGGAAUGACGGAGAAAGAGCGAGGGAGACAGAGAGGGAGAAAACAGACAGACAGCAACAAGUCAAAACGCUUUGAUGUGUUUUGUGGGGCUUGUACACAUUCCAUCUCAUCUCAGGAACAAGCGAACUGUGACAAGGUUAAGAUGUUGGGGAGGUG